UUCACUUCUCCUUUCUUGUGGAAAACAGUUGACAGGAAUUUGAUUAUGAUUUAUGUUUUGAUGUGUAGGUUCAUGUGCUCAUAUAUCCUCUCACAUGCGCUCUCUCAUGAGUGACAGUCAGAAUGGAGAACAGACAGAACUCAGGCUGUAAUUUUGAUGCUGGAUUUAACACAUUGAUUUGUGAAGAGGACUUGCAUGAAGAAGGGUAUCCUCCUAACCCCUUUCCUCAGCACGGCAAGCGACAAGUGUCCACAUAUCGUACGAGACCUUGGAGACACUGCGGUCCGGCUGAGGUGAGCCUGGCGCUGCUCGCUGCUGUUCUGCUAAUGGUUGAUAUUGGCCUGGGGGUCCACUACAACAACCUCAGAGAUAGCCACCUCACAACUGAAGAUAUAGAACUGAUCAACAAUGAGAUGUUCGCACUCCAGGAUACUUACAAGAACGCAAUCAAAUCCAUGAACAAUUACAAGAAGCAACUGGACAAUGAGAUGAGUCGUCAAACAAAAACCAAUUGGGAGUUCGAACACCAGACAAAACGAACCACAGACUAUAAAGCGAACAUUGUGAAAAUGACCAGUGACAUCGCAGGGCUGAGAGAACAUUUCCCAAAGAUUGAUUAUGGCUGCAAACAUUGUCCAGUAGGAUGGAUUUUCAUGAACUCACAGUGCUACUACUUCCCUUUCUCUGACGCUGAUGGACAAAAACCAUGGCAGAAAGCCAGAGAAUUCUGCCAGACACAUGGAGGUGACCUUGCAGUCAUAGACAGCAAAGAAAAAGAGAACUCAACUGUAAAUCAUUUGUUGACUAAAAUUGGCUUUGAAUCCGGUUUGGGUUUCUGGAUUGGACUGAGAAAAUCCAACGAGGAAGGGACUUGGAAAUGGUUGGAUGGAACGACACUGAUUGAGGGGUACUGGAUGGAUGGAGAACCAAAUAAUAUCGACAAAGAGAUCUGUGUUGGAGUGUAUUCCAGAAAAAACAUGUUCAAAGCUUGGAACGAUGUUAGAUGUGAAGUCACACAAAUGAAGUGGGUUUGUGAAAAGGCACCAACUUCUCUGAGCUAACAGUGGAUGUUUUUUAUUGCAAAUGACUGCAAGCUUAACUGUUAAGAGUUAACUCCAUCUUUUUUCUUUUAUUUUGUAAUGAAUAGAAUGUUGACCAAAUCAGUACUUUGAUUACAUAUGUGCAUGUUAGGCCUGCUGUAACACAGCUGUAUGUAAGCUCAAUGUGCAAAAGUCCUUAUGAGUAUGUACAACUAUUAACAGUUAAUAAAUCAUCUAUGAACAUUGUAAAAA